AUGAACCAGAGGGCCAAGACCUACCGAAAGCUGCAUGACAUCCCAGAGGAGUGGGGCACGGCCGUGAAUGUUCAGGCGAUGGUCUUCGGCAACAUGGGCAACGACUGCGCAACGGGAGUUGCCUUCACCCGCAAUCCUUCCAACGGCGCCAAGGAUUUCUACGGAGAGUUCUUGGUCAACGCGCAGGGUGAGGAUGUGGUGGCCGGCAUCCGAACGCCUCAGGAGCUGACGAUCAAGGCUCGUAAGUCGCACGGCAGCGACUUGCCGUCGCUGGAGGAGGUGAUGCCCGGGAUCUUCCGGGAGCUGGAAAAUGUUCGCCACCAAUUGGAGAACCAUUACAGGGACAUGCAGGACAUCGAGUUUACAAUCCAGCAAGGCAAGCUCUACAUGCUCCAGACCCGCACCGGGAAGCGCACGGCCCACGCAGCCCUGCAGAUUGCGGUGGACAUGGCGAACGAGGGGCUGAUCAGCAAGUCGCAGGCGCUGAUGCGCUUGAAGCCGGAUUUGAUCGACCAGCUGCUCCACCCAACGCUG